AUGGACGGCAUGGACGUGCUGCCGCCCGCGGCACGGCCACUGUCGGCGCGCCCGCAGAGCCACCGCUUCAUCUCGCAAGGCCUGGCGCAGCGGCCCAGCCGCUCGCCGGAGGACAAGGAGGAAUGGCGGCCAAUGAGUGCCGCCUCGACGCAGAUCUCAGCGCAGAGCCGUUCUGAGAUGCAUCGCCAGAUUAGCCAUUGGUGCGCCAGCGAGCUGGAGCGAUUCCGCCAGAGCUUCCAGGAAGAUGUGGCCAACAGCCUUACCGCGCUCAAGGAGGCCUUGGCGCAGGCGCUCUGCGUCACCACCACCACCACAACGACCACCGCGGCACCGGAGCAAACCACGGAGCGGGACUCGGAGCUGAGGCGCGCGCGUGCCCAUAUCGAGGAGCUGCUGAAGCUGAACACCCAGCUGCGCCAGCAGACCUUGGAUCUGAUGAGCCGCGAGGAGCUGGACAGGUUUCGUGGCUGCAUCAGCGAGACAUGUGAUUCAAUGCGGCGGCUCCUGGAAAAGCAACAGAGGGACCAGCGCCUCCAACUGCGCAGCUGCGCGGAGGAGGCGGCGGAGAAAGCAGCGGAUAUGUGCGUGCAGAUGGUGCAGAAGGAGUGGCCCACCCUGAAGGAAAUGUGGCUUCUUUGGAGACGCGAGGACGAGGCGCGGUGGGACGCCUACAGCGAGCACUUGGAGCGCCUUGAGCGGCAACUGCUACACAGCUCCGAGGCCUUGAGCGCACAGCUGGCGGCACUGGAAGCCAAGCCGCAGCUCCAGGGUGCAGAUUUGCAGGCGGCGGAGCAGCGGAUCUGCGACAAGGUUGCGGAGGUCGCAGCCGAGGUCUUGAAGCCAUACCACCUGCAGAGCUUGCAGGCGGAGGUGACAUCCCUGGCUCUGGCUGCCCGCGAGGCAGCGGUGCCGGUGCAGGAGCCAACCUCGGGCCCGGCGCUUGAGGACGUCCUGGAGGAUCAGCUCCUCAAGGUGCGGAGCAUCCUCAACGAUGAGGUGCUGCCGCGCCUCGGCCCCCUGGAGCAUCUCUCCCAAAGAUUGGAGGAUGCCCUCAAGGUGUCGGAGAUGGAGCAAGAGGUACUUUCGCAUCAGCACCAAGCAGAAACCGCCUGGGGCCACUGCCGCCGCUUCGAAGUGGAGAUGUCGGAUCUGCGCCUCGAACUCCAGAAGAUGAAGGCGGAGGCGCAGGACGAGUCCAAGGCGAAGCAGGAGGCUCAGCGGAUCCAGCGGGAGCUUCUGCGGAAAGUGCGGCAGAUCGAGCAGCGCGGCAACCUACAUGUGAAGCUCCAGAGCGGCGAUGUGGAGGUGGUGCAGGGGUUGGACUUUGUGGCCAAGAAGAAUGACGCCACCGCCGCCCAGUUGAGCGAUGCCGGGGCAGGCGCCCGUGCCAUGGCGGACCUGAAAGAGCUCCAGGAACUUUUGGAUGCUCCCAUGGUCAUCGAAGGCCAUGUCAAGGGCGGCAACAACAAGCACUGGCAAACCGUCGCGGAGAACCGGGCCAAGCUCAUCCAAAGCGAGCUGAUCAAGCGAGGCCUCCGGCCCGAGGAUCUGGCCACCAAAGGUGCGGGCGGGACUCGGGCCGGGUGCGGAGGUCUUGCUUUCAGCUUUUGCGGCCUGGCCGGGGAUCCUACAAGCCGAUCUAUCACGUCUUUCAGCACCGUCUUCGUGGGCCAGCAGUCCAAGCGUGGCCCAGCUGAGAGUUCUGAGCCGCCCAAGGUCAUCCGCUAUGCUCCGAACCAUCCGUCUCAGAUGUUUCCGCCUGGCUUCGCUGCGCCCCCCACGGCGCCUGUGAACAACGCGGGCCCAGCAAUGGCGGGGGUGGCCCCGCCUGCGGGUGGACCAGGGGGCCAGCCUCGCCUGCCGCCAGUGCCCAUGCCAUUUGGCGAUGUCAACGUGGACAUGACCAUGAUGCGAUUCAGCAACUUUGUCCCGCGGCUCUACAACUUCUGCAAGAGCUUGGGCAUGACCAAAGGACGGAUCAUGCCCUCCAUCGGUUUCUGUGCAGAUGAGAACCAGGGAUUCCCGGCGAUCAUCAUCACCAAGCACUUCGGUGUGUACCCCUUCACCCACGGCUACCUAGGUGGCGUCAUGGCGCUGGACCGGCACGGGCCUCAUGCGCACCACGGAGAUGACAUGGUGAUCAUCCACGCCCCGCAUGUGGGCUACGACCCAGUGUCGCAGAAGUAUGGCAUCUACCGGCGACGCCAGGUGGGCGACCAGAGCCACGCCAUGUCCACUUGCUGCGGUGCAGUAGCGGGCACCUUGGCACCUUACGAUGAGAACUACAAGAAAGCCUUGGGAAGGAUCAGCGUGCGCGAAGCCAAAGACGGCGUGGUGCUGCUGAACAUCGGGAACUCGCUGCUUACGGAAGAGGAGGAUGACCUUGGCAUCGCCCUGCAAUUCGACCGCCUCCUGGAGCCGGGCGCCUUGGCGAACCCUCUGCUGCGGCAGAGUACCUCGGUGGUGUACAUCGCAUCCAAGGAGUUCGCUGACAUGUACAAGGAGACUGUGAAGACGCAGCCGGCGCCGGCCGCAAACAAGCCGCAGGUGCUGCAAGAGAUCGACCAGCACGGCAUCGCUUGGAAGCCGCUCAAGGAUCCCUCCCUGUCGCACCUGCUCACUCAGGAUUUCUUCAAAUUCAAGAAGACCCAAGAGGAGCUGCCAGGUGAGGCUAACCGCCUGCAGAGGGUGAUCCUGCCGCACAUGCCCUUCAUCCUCACAGCCCCCCACGACCCGACCUUCACGGCGGCGCUGAUUAUCAUGCAGUCAGAGUUCGACCGUGCGGUGCACUCCGUCUCCACUGCGCCGGCCUACAAGAACCGAAACUUUGUGCUGAUCUCUGGGCUCAACAUUGACAUCGCGCCACCCGCAGAUGACAUGGAGGCCUACCCGCAAACCAUGUUUUUGCCCUGGGCCUCCUUCAUGCAGCUGAAGGAUGGCACCCAGCGCGUCAUCGAGCAAGACACCUUGGUGACCAUGUUGCACAAGCAAGCGACGAACAACCCGGACGCCAUCGAGCUGGAGAAGGGAUUCUCCGCACUCUUCGGGCAAGAAGAGAAGAUUGUCUUCCACAACACCCGGGAGAACAACAGAAUUGAUCAAAUUCGCACCGUCUGA